UUGGCAAGAAGUACGUCAUUUUGCCCGAUGGAGACGCAUUGUCCGUGCAUGCUUGAGGUUGACACGUAUCAUUAUGGCAAAUGGGCAUGUGUCACCUGUGCUUUUGAUAUCUGCUCAAAUCAACUACGCAAUCGGCACCCACUGUUCAAAAGAUCUUUUAGCAGCAAUGCACACAGUCCCUGGUUUUCCUUAAAUUCUUGAUGGAGGAUUCAUAGCCUCUGCAAGGAAUAAGCAUGAUAUCCAGAAUCCUGUGUUUCAGAAAACCCACAGAGUGUAUUUGUAUUGAAAGUUAGUUGCAGAAUUAAUGCUUGUGUUGCUUCUGUGUGAUUCCUUUAGUGCUCAUGAGUGUUCUCAAGCUAUCAUGCAUUUUUGUCUCCUAUGUUUGACUGCAUAUUGGUAUACAGUAUAUAUACUGUACCUCUACAUUUUGAUCUAUGUGUAGCUUCAGUGUUUAAGUACUCCGAGUGUUCGUGUCUGUGUGUUACUGACGUGCAUCCGUUUCUGAGGCUCUAGUAGGCACAGCCGCAGUGGAGCCUCUCCCUCUCCGAGACGCCCUCCUCACAGUGAGGAGAGGAGCUGCAGCCCGUGGCCCCUCCUCCUCCAGUUGCCAUUGGCCAAGACGAGCCACCUCCCUCCCCUGACUCAUUGGUAUGCUGGCAGUGCAGUGUGAGUGAGGAGAGAGAAGAGGAGAGAGAGAGAGGGAGCAGUCAGUGCUGUAGGGCAGGAGGAGAGUGAAUGACUGAGAGAGAGACGCUGGAUCUGCUUUUCUACUUGUUUUGCUGGACUCCAUCCACACUGCAUUGGCAGCACAGAGACAGCAGGACAGCGAGAGGCCACGGGAACCAGGCUCACCGGGACGUAGCCGCCGUCGCGUACUGGAGGGGGCUGACGCUGAGGUUUAGUCACCCACUCCUGGCUCACCCGAACCCCCCUCUCUCCCACCCCCCAGCGGCCAGCCUCCCUAUGCCCUUGUCCUCAGCGGCGCCUCUCACCUCCCUGGCCAGUAUAUGGAUAGAAGCUCCCUGUUUCAGCUCAUACAAGAGCAGCUGGACCCAGACAACACCGGUUUCAUCGCAGUGGAGAACUUCUCCAGUCUGGUGGAGCACCAUGAGCUGCAGCUGGACCCCUCCAAACUGGACAUGCUGUUCGCCUUGGUGCAGAGCAACGAGGAUGGACAGGUGUGCUACCAAGAGCUCAUCGAACUGAUGAGCAGUAAGCGCUCCAGCAGUUUCCGACGUGCCAUUGCCAAUGGCCGGCGUACACUGCAGCGAGAGAUCCUAUUGGAUGAGACGGGCCUGGGCGUGUACAAGCGGUUUGUUCGCUAUGUAGCCUAUGAGAUUCUGCCAUGUGAGACAGACCGGCGCUGGUACUUCCACCAGAAUCGUCUGUGUCCCCCACCCGUCUUCAUGGCCAUCAUUACCAUCGUCCAGAUCGUCGUGUUCAUGUGCUACGGCGUCAUGCUGAAUAAGUGGGUCCUGCAGACGUAUCAGCCAGACUUCAUGAAGAGCCCCCUGGUGUACCACCCCCGCCACCGCCACCAGGUGUGGCGCUUCUUCAGCUACAUGUUUGUGCAUGUCGGGUUGGAGCAGCUGGGGUUUAACGCUCUGCUCCAGCUGAUGAUCGGCGUUCCCUUGGAGAUGGUCCACGGCAUCCUCCGCAUAAGUCUUCUCUACAUGGCUGGUGUGGUUGCAGGUUCCCUGACAGUGUCCAUCACAGACAUGCGCGCUCCAGUGGUGGGGGGCUCCGGGGGGGUCUAUGCUCUGUGCUCUGCGCAUCUGGCCAACGUUGUCAUGAACUGGGCAGGUAUGCGGUGUCCAUACAAGCUCCUCCGCAUGAUUUUGGCCCUGGUGUGCAUGAGCUCGGAGGUGGGCCGCGCCGUGUGGUUGCGGUUCUCCCCGCCCCUGCCCUCCUCGGGGCCCCAGCCCAGCUUCAUGGCCCAUCUGUCGGGGGCUGUGGUGGGCAUCAGCAUGGGUCUGCUCAUCCUGCGCAGCUACGAGGAGAGCCUGCAGAAGCAGUGCUCCUGGUGGGUCAUCAUCUUCUCCUUCAUCACCUUCCUCCUCUUCGCUAUCUUCUGGAACAUCUUCGCCUACGAGCUGCUGGGGGUGCAGCUCCCUCCCGCUCCCUGACACCAGGAAGCCCCCGCCCCCCUAAUUCCCGUUUCCCAUUCAUUGUCGUAAAUGUCGAGACCCAUGUCCUUCACCAUAUCCUUUUCCUGUCCGAUCAACCAACCCCUGCAUAAACAGGAAGUAAGUUUAUUCAAAACUGUACAGAGCAGCAGUUAUUUUCCCCAUGCACCCAUAUCAUCAAUGAAUUAUAUCUGAUAUAUGGUGGGAGGGAAUUCCGUAGCAUCAUAUGCAGGUGAAAGCUGUGUAGCCCUCUUCAUAUUCUCAUUGUGGAGCAGCUAUGUAAAAAAAAAAAGAAAAGAAAAAGCUCUUCACUUUUGUGUUGAAGCUUCACCCGCCUUUAGGUCAAACCUGCAAGACAGCCAUUUUGAUUAAUAUCCAGCUUCAGCUAUGUGUUCAGAGUGGGUUCAUGACCACUCCAAGGUGCUUCUUACCGGACAGUAUUCCAUCAGGAUCUCUCAGUGCCCAUGUUUUAAAGCCAGGGGGCAGCAGGGCACCCUGGUUCAAUUGCUCAAAAUGCUCCUAAACACUCGAUCUACACUGUGGAAUAAGAUUAGGAAUUCACAGGAAUAGGUGUUUCCUGUAACAAUGUACAUGGCUAGGUGUUGCGGUGGAAAAAGAGAAAAGAAGCGGGGAAGAUCCAUGUUGACCCCCUGACAUCCAAUCUCCCUGCCACCAUCACUCAAGUCCCUAGUCCCUAGUAGCCUAAACGCUUCAGCGGGCUAGCAGAAUCUCUACCAGAACCAUGCUAGCCUGCUGAAGCAUCUCAUCUAGUUAAUGCAAAAGGUCCAAACACAGAAGCCUGCUCUUUAUUACACGGAAACACGCUUCUCCUGUGUUGCCGUCUCGGAGAACAACCACUGCCUGAUGCUGUGAGUCAGCGUGAGAAUGCAAAGAGACACACAGUGGGCUCUGUCUGUCUUCACUCCAACAGACUGAAUGGGGAGGGCAAUGGACAUGUCAUCAUCGCCUGACCUCUCUGUCCCAGCGGGCAUUGGGGUCGGCCUGUCAAGGCCCAGUCAAUACCUCAGUGUAUCAUUCUUAGGGACUGUGUACUUUUGUAAAGGAAUGUACGCAUAAAAAGGAGUGUUAAUAAUUUAUUUUUUCUUUUCCUUUCACAGUUGAUGUUUAUGUCGUACGUUUGUAUAUUUAUUUUUCUUUCCUUGUUUGAAAAAAGAAACUGUUUCAAAUGGUGCAGACAUAAUGCUAUGAUUGUUAUUCUUAGGAUUAACUAUACAGCUCUGAUCCUGUAAAAAUUAGCAUCAAGCUGAAAUCGCUUGUUACUCCAAGGAAUUAACACAGAUGAUGCAAGAUACAGUACAGUCUUCUUUAUAAAUCUUAUUACAGAAUAAGCCAUAGAAGAACCCAUUCAGCAUAUACAUGGAAAACAAAGGCUGAGUGAAUAGGUCAGUGACUUUCUGCCAUGUAGUCCUAAUUGUUAAGGUCAAAGCUGAUAAUAAAAUAUAGCAUAUGAGUUGUGGCAAAUAAGAGACAGGAUGACAAAGCCAAAGUGUUUGUGCACAAACAUGCUUGAUAAAUGCUGGACUGUUUCUCUGAGGUGACAUUUUAGACACAGCGUUACUGCAGGAUUGCCAAAUUCCAAAUGCUGAGCUACAGUCUUUUUUGGUUAAGGAGACAUUUUGAGUCCAGAGCAAGUAAAUAGAAAAUACUCAUGUUAUUGACGUAAUCAAGUAUUUCUUCAUAUUUGUCCAUGCUUGAUAUUUACCAUGUACUUGCUUCAUUUAAGUAUAUUUUUGUUCAGUCUGUAUGCUUAUUCAUGUGGAAGGUUCUUCUGAUUUAUUUGUCUUUUUGCCAAUGUUGACUGUUGGUCCCAGACAUAAUCCUCACCAUAUACAAUGUCACUGACAGAUGAUACAGUCAUGCUGGGGAUGCCAUAAGGAAUGACUUAUGUGGAGGGUGAAUUCUAUCUAAGAAAUUGAUAAUUGUGCCCCUUGAGCUACAGGAUUCAUAGAACAUUAACCUAUGGAAAAGGCAUUGAGGCUGACAGAAGGGCUACAAGCGAAAUAUUGAUGUUAUUGUUAAACCCAUAAAACUGUUCCUGGGAGUAGGUACCUUCCCGGAAAUGAUAACUCACUGACUUAAGGGGAUGACAGAAACUGAAGUACAGCAGGGUGGAAGCUUCUACUUCACAAACCAUAAAGACAAAUCCAGGUCUCAGUUGUGGUUAGGCAGCCUUACUUGUUCAUAAAUUAAUGUAAGAUCAGUCUUGAAAACGUCCCCAAUUCUGUAUUUAUAGAACUGUUUUCCGACUCUUUCCACCUUGUCAUACAAGGCAGCCGCGGGGGAGGGGUAUAAUAUGUUAAUAUGUCUUAAUUAAGCAGACAGCGAAAAGUCAGCCGGAGUAGUUUAUUACCUGUCUGUAAGCCAAAUGACCUGGCCCUGGGCCGCGUCCAUACACCGCAGCGCGAGCAACACAUCUUCUACGAGGGCCCAUCCAAUCCCACUCUCCGUUUGGCCGAGGCACCUUCCGCUUUAUUCAGCCAGCCAAGUAUAUGGUGGGGCCUUCAUCACCUCUGUGAUGAAGGAGCAAGUGUCAUCUACAGGCUGACAUAUGAGGCAGCUUUGGCUGGUUUCAAUGUGUGUCUGUAAGCGAUGGAGGGAGAGGAAGAACCAAGGAGGAGGAAUAGAGGUGGCGGCGCUCAUAAAACACUGGCGGGGGUCGUAAAGCAGCUGUGUGUGCCUUCGUAACUGGUCGAGUGCCGCCUCAACGCCUCGGGUGUCAGGGGUGAUGUACAGCUGUUACGUAGAGGCGCGUUUCCCCCCGGAACGCAGGGCUCCACCGCUGUAAAACAUGACCUGUUUCUUUCUUCAGUACAUGUGACAGGUUGCAUGAUGUUGAUUUGAUUGCUGUCUUUUAUGUGACAUAUUUGUUUUCAUCGCCAUAGAGGCGCGUGGUAAAGGAUAGCAUGAGGUGAAUAGGGGCCAGCCAAACAGAGCGUGUGUUCCGUUAUAUAAAUGAUGCUCUUGUUGAUAAGAAUCCCGCCACAGACUUCGCAGUAAGCGGGGUAUACUGAUUCCCGAUGCAAUGCUAGUCAUUAUCCAUGACAAGCCUUUUUAACAUAGGGGAUUGUUGUUGAACCACAUCACAUUUGAAGGAUGUGUCUGUAAAAAAAAAAAAAGUGGGAACCAACAUACCACCUUGCCAUGUGCCCCCCCCAUUCUCACUGGUAUCAACCCACACCCCCACCCACCCCAGCCCCAUGACAUUGUGCUAUGCAGGCCAUUCUCCCUCUCUUUUCGUAUUUGUCCGUGUCUAAACGCAACAUACGUUUUCGUUGCAAACAUAAUGGAGAUCAAUAGUAAAUCCUCCAGACUCAUGUGUUUUGUCACAAGUUGGCUUCUUUUUUUUUUUGGCCCUUGUUGUAAGCAAAGUGGUUAACUGACAUGUCCUUGUGCCAAUACGUUUUAGUGCCAUAUCCUUCUUUAUUUGACACUUUCCAUGAGUGUUCCCUCAUUACCCAAAAUCCGUCGCGCUGUUAUGGAUAAUGCCUUGUUCCGUCUAGUGCGUCUACGCUCUAAGCUUGUCGAUGGGAGGGGCUUGGUUGUUGGAUGGGUGGAGCAUUAAAAGCAUCCAGUUAGAGAGGUGACUGCCCUGCGUCACUGAUCUUUACGUCGUAUGGAUAUGUAGAUCAACCACACCUAACAAUAGCAAUAUGCAGUACCUGCUCUAAGCUGAUGCUUAUGAACCAGCCGGUUGCCUUUUCCCAGUGUUUGUAAGCGGUGUACUACUUGAACAUCGGGGUACUUUAAUGCAGUACUCUAUGAGGCAGGCUACAGUAGCUCAUUAGACAGAGAAACUGUUAUUUUCAAAAAAUAAUUAAAGCAGGCAAACUAGCGCAGUACUUUUUCCGCUCUCAACUUCUUAUACAAAUUAUUUGAUAACAGUGAAAUUCACACGUGGUUUGACAACCAAAUUACAACCAUUACCAGUGCUGAAAGUUUAUCAAAGUUGUUUUCAUCUAUCUAUAGACCAUUAAAAUACCAGUAUAUGGAGGUUUUGAAUGCAGAAUAUGGUACAGUAGUUAUGGAUAAUUGAGGCAGUUUGGUUUAAAGUCAUUGGUGAGCUGCUCUGGUAGUUUUCACAGGCUGUUCUCUUUUCAAAUGCUGUCCUCUUGCAGUGAGAAAAAUAGUGCCAAGCAUAGGAGGUUAAGUCUCCAAACCAGACCAGAGGUUUAACCAAUACAGCGUUUACAGAAAAAAAGCUAUUUUUCUCUGGAUCACCAAGAAAUAAAUGAAAACUGAAUUUAUGUAAAUAUGAAUAGUUUAUAUUAAAGUCCUCAAUUAUUUCAUGACAUAUUGUACUUUUUAAAUGUUCUGAACUGAACCAUUUUAUAUUGUAUAUAUUUUUUGUUUUAUUUUGUACUGUUCAUUGUACUUGCUUUAAUUUAGGAACAAUACGAAUAAAGAACAAUCCUGUGGA